GCCUGGCGCGAAACAUUGUUGGCAUAGCUCGAUACGUGACCUACGUACCUGCGUUUACAUGCAAAUAUCCCGCGCGACAGACUGCAGCCAAUCUAGGACUAGAGAGGCGAAAUCCGUAGUGUCGUGUCGCGGGGGCAAGUUAAAAGUGCAAGGGCAAAUCGAUUCGGUGGACGGGAAAAAUGGAACGGAGAUACGAGAACCGAUAACGGGGCGUCGUUACAAAAAUAAAUUUGUUGCUCCACUGAAACUUUGCCCUCUGUGCUUAGGGAUGGGGAAAAGUUUAGGAACAAUUCAGGUAUAGGUAAAAUAUUCAUCGAAAGCGUCGAAUAACGAAGGAUAAUUUGUGCAAUUCCAUGAAUCAUAGUUGGUAUGUGUGAUUGUUCGUUUUGUUAGAAUCGAUUCGCGUGUUCAGCUUGUCACAUGCGUGCACGAAUGCGAUUUGCAUUGCUCGGAUAAUAAAUCGGCAAAUUAGCAUGGCAAUUUAUAUUUCUCUGUUCGCUGGUAAUUAUAAGCUAACGAAAUGAAAUGCAGGCACUUUUUCCUCGAUACUAUCGGUUAUUUUUAUAAUCGACUUUAGCAAAUUGAAAUUCGUUCGACACGGAAAAUUCGCGUUCUAAUAAUCGAUGGCUUAAAUACACCUCUGGGUACUGAUUUAAAAAAAAAAAAAACAUCUGUCAGAAAAACAGUAUGGCUCGGAGGAACAAAUAAUUCUUUCUUCCGAGAUAACAACGGAAAGUAAAAUAAGAUGGUACACAGUAGUAGUCCCCAUAGAAAUUGCAUCACCUGAAAGACAUUAAUCACACGAGCAAGAACAACCGUCUGCAUUGCAUCGGACAUCGAUGAUCCACGUAUACAUUACAGAAAACAUAAUUUACCGCGAUAAAACCAUUUAACGUCGUCACAAUUCUCGGUGCAUUACAUAUGCAUGGCACAGUGCAAUUUUUAAUGCAAUUUCUGCGGACACCACCGUCCUCCGACCUCUGGGAGCAAGACACGCGUUCCAAGACGGCGGAAAACCGACUGAAAAGCACGCGAGGGAGGGAGCUUGCACUUGUACGGUGGGGAUGCAGUUUGCCGUCACAGCAACAGACCAAGUGGCGGAGAGAAACGCGGAGAGGGGAUUUGGGAUCUUUGAUCGACGGCGGGGAAGAGAGUAGUGGGGAUACUCGUGUCGCGCGAUAACCGACGCGAGGUGCAAACCAGCCGCGAAUUCGAAAGGCGGCCAGUUGCUGUUCGCGCGUCGUCGGCGUCGCGUCGCGAGUAUAUCGAGUCGAGAUAUCGAGCGCAGAGGCUUACGCGGUGCAACAGCCAACCAGGAAACAGAGAAAUCCGAAAAGCUGUACGUGAUGUUCGACGGUGACGCGCGCCACCAUGGAUAUAAUUGGACGUUUCCGCUCGAACGAAGAAGAAUAACGACGACGAUGACGUCGUAGUCGAACGUUACGGGGUCUUGGGAGCGUGCACGAGCGUACUGGAUGCAGCCACGAGAAUUCCACGCGAGAGUGUCGCGAUAGUGACGACAAUAUGAUCGACAGAAUCACGUAGUGCCGCGCGGCGUGUCGGGGAACACGGGAAACUUGUUUCUCUGCAGCCAGUGCGACGAAAAAGGGUUUGUGUAAAUAGUGUCUUCGGCGCGGAAAAGGAUUUCGUCGACGGGGGGGUGUUCUCACGGAGUGGCGUGAUUGGAUUCAUCGGAAAUCCAAGUCGCAGACAUGUCGGGACAACAUCCCUGCGCUUGGCUCCGUGUAGAAUCAUCCGGCUGGGCGUGAAGCCGUCGAGAGACAGGGGGUGAAAGAGACUUGCCAGAGAAGAAGAAGAGGGCGGAUCAAGAGCUAGGCGCAAAAUGGGAGCAGCGAAAUUCCUGCUGGGAAGCGCUAUCCUCGGACUCCUUUGGAGCAACUUACUCAACGGCGCCCUGACCAACUCGACGAACAGGUGCGACUACCCCCCGUGCUUCUGCGACCAUCAUGGCAGACUAACCUGCGACUGUAAAGACGACGGAGAGGAGCUGGUGUUGACCACGGACGGUGACAAAAAACUGAGCCCGCACACGAGCAGGAUAAUGGUGAGCAACUGUUCGUCCGUGGUCCUGGCGAACUCGAGUUUAGCCUCCAUGGACGAGCUGCGUUCCGUUGAUCUGAUUAACGUGGCGAACCUGAGCCUGGUCAGGCAGAGUUUCGAGCUCUCGCCCCGCAGCCAGCGCACGCGGAUAACCGUAACGAACAGCAGCAUCGACUCGAUGCCCAGCUUCGUCUUCCGCGGGGACGUCGAAGCCAUCAGCUUCAAGAACGUCAAGAUCGGCCAGCUGAGCGCGUUCUCGUUCGCGAAUCUAGUCCAAACGGACACCCUCAGGCUGGAGAACUGUCAGAUCGAGAGCAUGGAGGCCCAGGCCUUCAAGAAAUUCGACGUGGGCUACCUGCACGUGAUAGGCGGGAGCUUUGGCGACCAGGUGCCCAGCAGAACGAUGAACGACAUCGAGGUGUACCACAAGUUCAUGCUGGACGGAGUGAAAAUGGGCACUGUGAGGAGCGACGCCUUUAUUGUGAGGAGUCCCCGAACGGUGGCCAUUCAGAACUGCGUGGUGGAGAGUCUGGAGAGCGAGGCUUUCGACGUGACCGCGAGGGGUGCGGUGAUCGUGAAGAACAACACCUUCGGGAACCUUGGCGUAGGUGCGUUCUUGGGCAUCCGCGCGGACCCGGAAGGCCGCACGCCGGCUGGCUCGCUGCACGACCUGAUCUUCAAGAACAACAGCGUGUCGAGCUUCGAGGAGGGCUCGAUGAUAUUCGACCGCAGCAGCUUCCGGCUGGAGCUCGACAACCUCUUGGUGGACCAGCCGUGCGACUGUCAGAUGCUGCCCAUUUGGAAGAACAACAUUCUGAAUUACACGAACGUCUAUUCGAGAUUCUACACCAGACAGAACUCGGCGUUGCCGCCUACGUUGUCGCCGCAGGAGACAAUCAACGAGACACCGGAGACCUUCCUGUGCACCGACGGCGAGGUGAAUGGCGUGUCGACGAGCUUCGUCGACUACGAGACACGUCACUGCUCUCUGGGAGGAUCGAUAUUGGUGUUCGUCCUGAUCGUCGCCGGUUUGCUCGUGGUGCUGAUACUGCUCACCUGCCUGAUCGUCUGGUGCUGCAGGAGGCGUCGUCGCAACAGCAGGAAGAAGUGGAUAAGUGUGCCGACGAACGCGCCGGACGUUGUCUCGAAGAAGAAUGGAGUGAUAGGCAGGGAAGCUGCAGCAUCCACGGCGCCAGUCGACAGCCGGAUAACGAUGGUGGUGCCCGACGGAAGGCUCUACAGGGAGACGGAGUUCCACGUGAUCGUCGAGAAGGCAGAGCCUCUGACCACCGAGUUGUAACGAGAACCUUCGCGCGGCUCGACUAGGUCGGUUCGCGCUCGGGUCGAAGAGGAAUUCGAGCGCAGCGACACGUCGAGCCGCUUCCGUGUGUACAAGCUAUGAAUCGUGGACACUGCUACGUGCGACGAAACAAUGUGCACCGGUUUUUGCGAGAGUGUAAUGUGAACGGUCGGGACGAGCCUGUGGCGACCAACUGGGAAGGUGGAACUCUCAUCGAGAGGCUAGGGAGAUCGCCUGCGUGGGCAAGGUUCCUCGAACAUUUUUCACGUACUAUUUACAGUUAAGCCGUAAUUCGGAAACGAACAGAACGGGGGACUCGAUCUCGAACCUCUUGUUUUCACUUUAACCGACUACCCUUUAAUAAAAGGCAGUUCGUAAGCUUCCAUUCACAUAUCACGAGCGAGCACCGAUUAUCCGUACGCGUUUCACCUUGGUCCUGCGUACGUAUACAACUGCCAUUUUGUUUACUUCGUGCAAGUUACGUUCCUCUGGACGAUUAGCGCUAUGUUCGAGAGCAUAUUUGUGGAAUUGUUGGCAAUACACAAGGAAACAAAUGAGGCUUUUGGCCCCUCUAUGAAAUAUUUGAAAAUUACAGAAUAAGGGGGCGGGAUAUACGCGAGCAGUCUCUGCAGGCAUAUAGCGUCGCUGCUAGCGAAACACAAAUUUGUAAACAUCGACGAUGAAACUUUCUCGAAGAAAUCGAAUCUUAUUAAUGUACCUAUGUAUCGAAUAAUAACAAGCAAAAAUCCUCGACGACGUACCAACAUUUCCUGCGACACUUUAUGAACUUGAUAACAGCGAUUAGGUUCGAUAGCCUAUAAGUAAAAGCGUAAUUAGCCACCCUGUUGAUGAAAUUCUCUGCUAAUGUUUAUGUUUUUUGGAAACAUUCUUCAGUUACUGGAGAAAAUGCUGUACUGAUGCUUCACAUAUUGAUAACUACCAACUUAUGCAUAUAGAACGACUCGAUAGUGACGUAAACUUACGUCGACGAUAGCCAGCUAUAGACUUAACCCUGACGUAAAGUCACGUCAGUGACGGUCAGCUGCGGAUCUACCAGUGACGUAAUAUUACGUAUUAAGAGUGUUUUUUAUCGCGAUGGCGGUUCAUGUGCGACGGAUGAUUGGUGCGCGCUGUUAGUUAAGUUUAUCGUUAAGCAGCUUUCGAGGCAGGGCCAGUGUCGUUCGUGAAGAUUGAAAUGAAAUUCAUGGAAUCGACGAAGAGCGAGUGGGAAGUGAUCCUGGGUAGGGGAGAAGGAUCGAAAGCAACAACAGGAAAUCCUAAACUCGCUGACUCGUGUAAGAUACGCGAUUGGAUCGACCUUUCGCGCUACGUUGCUUUAAGUUUAUCAAUCGAUAGCACGCUUAUCGGCGUACCGUCGCGAGAGUUGAUCAACGUUUCAAGCGUUCCACGAGAAGAACUAUUUAGCUCCCAUGUUUGGAUCGAAUUCGAUAGCCAGAUCGAGGCCAUAGAAAUGAUUCUUGCGAAGAAUCUGAAUCAAAAUGAGUGGAACAAAAUUUGAUGAAAAAAUUGAUUACGGAAAGAUAGAUUUUCUAGAAAAUAGGUUCGGAAAGAAGCACGACUGCACAUUGCAAGUGGAAGCAACAGAGCGGGGGUGACGACGCGAUGGCCUUGACUGGACAAUUAAUUAUGUCUCGACUCUAGCAACGAUCGCACGUCCGCUCGGAAAGCAGUGCCAUUCCUAUACAAACGUGUGCCAGUUCGUGCACACUUGGUUCGAUGCGAAGUUAGAUUUUUCGAAGAAGAAACGAAGCAGAAGGCACUCAGAGAUGGGCACAAUUCUUGUCUACAUACAACUCUCGAAUAACGAAUGAAAGAUGAACUCUAUCUGCAAUUGAGGGGAUCGAGAAUCGUGGUGGUGUUUGUCAGGCACGACAUAUUUUGAAAUAGUCAUUCUUUCUGGUUAAACUUUUGAAGAAAUUCACCUUUUUUCUGCAUUUCUAGCCUUCUUUGAUUCUGCCAUGAAAUCGUGGUAUAACUCAAUUAUAUUUAUUUACACCAGGUGAUUUUCAACUCCUCGAUUUCUGCAACGAGCAUCAUGUAGAACUUUAAUAGUAGAAUGCAGCUCUAUUUCAUGAUAAAAGAUAUGAAUGCAUGUUGAUUUAUGGCAUCCAUUAUUCAAACAGAAUUUCGCCCAUCUCUAAAGGCAGACUACCAGUGAGUCGUCGAUAAGUGUCGCGUAGUCAAGACCAUGCCUCGACACUUAUCGACGAUUCAUGGUAUUCUGGGGACUCCGAAGCGAGCGGAGAACCGAACGGUUCGACUUCGAUAGCGUUUCUCGUUCCGAGAUAUUGUAACACAAUAAAAAUAUUACCCCCACAUUCCUCGACGAUACGGACACGAAAUACUUCAGCAGAGAAAUGAUAGCGUGUCGAAUAGAAAUCAGAUAUUUUUCGUGCCAUUCGCGGAAACGAUUUCGUUCGAAAGCAACGACAAAAGGGCGACUCGAGCUUUCGCGAAGCGCCACGGGAGCCGUUGAUUUACUGUAUUAUUUUGUUACUGCGUUUAUUUAUGACCUCUGGACAUCGCCAAUAAAUUGUUGUUAUUGUUAUCAGUGUGAUCGGCAACUAAUUUUGACGAACGCGACGGCGGGUCACCGCGGAACGCGUAUCGAUUUAGUUCACGUCCCUGUUAAUCUCGAAACGGAUCCCCGAGUAAUGCGGCCGUUCAACGUAAAACCGUCACCGAGUACCGACGCUAUCGCUGACCAUUAGUCCACGUUUUGACCCUCUAUCGCAUAAUGUGCCACGCCGGGAGCACAAUAAAAACAAUCCCUGUAUAUCGAUGCACGGAUCGCUGAUGGGUCAUUCGAGCGAGUAAUGCACCGCUAGGCGCCAUUUUUUCUCCUUCGCGAUCAAUCAAAAUUACGAGAGUAGAAUCUAUCGGAGCAAUUUGUAUUAAAAAUGUAAUCACAUCUCUGGAACUCUAAUCAGAAAUUGUGGGGACAGGAGCAUCGGUGGAAGAUUACGGAAAUGAACAUUUGGCGAUUCGUCAAUGAUGGUGGACUGGUAAGAUUAACUUAGCAAUCAUAAGUUUCAUUCAGGAAAUUUUGCAGAAUUUGCGAAAGAUUUUUUUAUGGAGGCAUCUAGUAGUUUUAGGAAUUUAACUUCUUAUCGUUCAGUACGGGCUUGAAGUAACACCCUUCUGGUACUAUUUAAUUUGUGACUGUGGAUACUAUAGCCCAACCUAUCUUUCUACGACUUCAAAGAACACUAUAUACGUACAGCAUCAAGAAAUUCUUUCUCAUUCGAAGAAUAAACUAACAUCGACGCGACAGAGAAAAAGAACAAGUCAAAAAUCACGUUUUCCAAUGAUUAAUGAACCCGAUCGUCGCGGAAUUCCGCGAGCGGAAGGUAGGCUUAUUUGGAAUUCGAGCAACGAGGAAACAGCUCCGACGGUUGAACGACUGUUUGCGAAAGCGGCGAUUCGUUUCAGUAUUACCACCGAGCUGGCCGUUUUGCGUUUUAAAAGUACAAUGGGAGCACCGUAAGCGAUGCUUUUGUCCCGGCGUGUGCAGUCAUCUCCCGCACGUGUGAGCCAUGCAUUAUUGAUGCUGCCGCACUUGCCCCUGUAACGACUUUCGCGACGUUGUUUCGCUUUAUCCCCAAAGCAGCGGGUGGAAAUUGGUCCGCGGAGCUUUCGAAAUGAUUCGGCGACAUUUGAUAAUAUUCGAGCAAUUUAAUACGUAAGAACCUAAUGAGAAGUUGGUAUAGAAGCGUCAAGUAGUUCCUCGUUAUAACGACAGUUCAGCGAGCAACUGGUAAUGAGAAUGAUCAGUUUUAUAUUUUUCAAGGUGUUCGUAUGAAACUGUUACCAAUGGAUUGGUGGGGUUUUCUCGGUGAAAAUGAGUCCAAACAUGAAUCCUGAGGAUCAAAUCGCUAUCUUACCUCGAUAUAAGAACACCAACUAGUGACGUUAUAUCGAGUUAUUUCUAUAUAUACACCCUCCGAAGGUGGAUAGCCUUGCUUUUCCAAAAAAUAUAAAUGGGAUCCUCAUAGAACCUCCAGCUCAGAGGCUUAAGAAAUUCAACAACUUUCUCAAAAAUCGAUUCAGAAUCGAGCGUUCCUACCUUGGAUCGUGUCAAGGUGAGCCUAAUUAACGCUCCCGUGCGAAACGAACCCCGACCAUCCCGACUAUCACCCAAUACAAGCGAACGCGACCAGUGAGUACAAACUGUGUAUACGUGUACAAUUACCGUACUUUGGCGACGAAUUAAAUUAUGCAACGACGGUUUAGUCGCAAUUAUCGUGAUACUGUGAUAUAACAACAGCCGACUGUAUAAUUUGUUUUACAUUGAACGCCGUGACCAUCGAUGAAAGGGAGAGAAUAAAGACGUAGCUGAUACGC